AUGUGCAUACGAAACGCAGUCGGAAUACUGCUUAUAAGUACAAUAUUGCUAUAUGGACAUAUCCAACGGUGUCAUGCCUACACACAAGUCUCGACCAGUGGCAAUGGCGAGCACAGUGGAGAUGGACCAAAAAUUUAUAAAGCGUUAAAUUUUGACUUGGUUUUCCCCAAGAGUUUCAACUCUACCGAAACAGUCACUCCAAGCGCCUCACCCUCUGCCUCCUUAGGUAUUGAUUCAUCUGACUUGGUGUCUGAUGGCCUGGUUGACCGGCGACAAUAUAAUCCGCUGUCACAAUCAAAUGAACAAACAAAUCGAGAUGAUGGUGAUAAGGGACAAGCACUCCUAUAUAUUACACCAUCACCUAAUGAGGCUGCUCUUUACCAGACACCCAACACAAACACCAACACCCACCAAAAUGAGGACGACGGUACACAAGUGGUUACACAAAAUCCCAUAAAUAUUCAGCAGCAACGAAAUGAUAACAGCAACAAUAGUGCAGCCAUGGAGCAAGAACAACAAAAUAUUGCUACUGGUCGUGCUGUCGAUUAUCGUAGUGGUUAUCCCUUUGGUCAACUUAUCACGCCAUUAAUCAAAAAUGCACCACGUCCCGUGUACAGCAGUGACAAUAGUAAGACCAUACCCAUGCCAACAUCAUUAUACUCUUCAGCGACAACGAAUGUUGGCAAACAAGUGGUCUAUCCCCCAGUUGCAUAUCAGCGAAAGCCGCCAAGUCGAGCAGAAAUUGAUAAGCUACGCGGUCGAGGACCUAUUAAAGAUAGAUUUACACCCAGUGAAGCUGUGGCAUCUCAUCAAAUAAAAUCGGCUCAUAAUCACAAUCAUGACCAUCACAAUCAUUCUCCCACCUAUACUAAUGCUGGCAAAACGGCCGCCUCCUCGAAUGUGGUAAAUACAUACGUUCCACCCGCAAACUUGUACUCCUUUCCACCAAACAACAUCAACUAUCCGUUGCCUUCAUCAAAGGACAAUAAGUUAGCAAUGCCGAGCAAUGUUGUAAAUUCAUAUGCACCACCCGCAUCAGGCAUCGACGAUUCGGGGUACAAAUAUCAGGGACCUCUAAAUGUAGGCUACUUGCCGUCCAUUAAUUAUGACAAUGAUAGUGGCAAGGGUGAUAGUGAUGGGGAUACAAAAGACCAAAAGGACAACAGUGAUAGUGACACAGAAACCGGCGAUGAUUCAAUUGGAGUUUUACCAGCUAGUGCGAUGGGUGGUGACAAUAACUCCGGGGAUACAAUGGAUCAAAUGAAAAUGAAAGAUGCAGAUUCCAGUGACGGGCAUCAUCAUGAUGACCAUGAAUACGACACUGAAAAGGAAUAUCCAACUCCUCCACCAGAAUGGUUAAAAGCACACCCUGAGGCCCAAAAUGAACAUCCCCCACAUGAUAUGGACGAUCAUGCACCAACAGAUAUGGACCAUGAUCAUUCUGCAGAUAUGGACCAUGAUCAUGACCAUACAUCUGAUAUGGACCAUGAUCAUCAUCAUCCCGAUAUUAUAUUCGAUCAUCAGCACGAUCAUGAUCAUUAUUUUCCCUAUCAUCACUCAUUCCCUUCAUUUCCGGUAUAUCCACAUUAUCCAGAAAUAAUUUACGACGAUCAUCAUGACCACCAUCAUCAUCACGUAGAACCGCCCACAACAACUACAGAGGCUCCACCACCAGAACCUCCUCCAGAACCACGUGUUAAAAAGUACAGUUACUUCUACAUAGGCCGUAAACUGUGGUACAUUCCACUGUACUUCACUGUUUGGUUCAGUUUCUACGUCCUAUGGCUAAUUUUAAAAUCGAUCGCAAGACACAAGGUAAAUUUACCCAAUCAUUACGUCGCACGAAGAAGUAUCGAUGAACACAAUCUACCUAGAAACCGGGAAGAUGUCAUCAAUGAUUUGACUGUAUCGGUUAUGGAUAAAAUCGAUAAAUUCAAGAGAAAAUAUUUAAACUGA